AUGCUGGAGUUUAUGGGUGGAAGAAGUGUCUCAGCAUCGGGUUUCAAGGCAGAAUGUAGUGUCCAGUUUGAAAAAUCAAGAAAUCAAAACCUGAUUUUAAAAUUAUAUGAUUCACUGGAGCCGAAUUUAUCAGCCAGCAGUACCCAUGAUGAGUGUGUUUAUAGACUAGUUGAUUCUCAAACUGAAGGAUGGAAAGGUCUGACAACAUCUGACUCCUUACCUCCAGAAAAAGAACAACAAAGAAAGAAAGUAGAUUUUGCACAGGGCUACCUUGGUGAAAAUGGAGAGAGUUCUCCAGGCCCAUUUAUGAAAUUGCUGGAAGUAAUAGAGAAGUUAUUGAAUAUCAUUGUGUUAGUAAUGGUGAUAGCUUGUUUUGCAAUAUUUAUUUUGUUAAUGGCAAGUACAAGUGACUCUUUUUAUGUACAACUAGGCAGCCAAAGAGAAGUGGACCCUGAAGAGACAAGGGUCACAUUUGAGGAUGUAAAAGGGGUUGAUGAGGCAAAACAAGAAUUGAAAUGUUUAGUUGAAUUCUUGAAGAAUCCAGAAAAGUUUUCAGCAUUGGGUGCCAAGCUUCCUAAAGGCAUUCUGCUUGUUGGACCUCCAGGCACUGGAAAAACCCUUCUAGCUCGUGCUGUAGCAGGUGAAGCUGGGGUGCCAUUCUUUCAUUCAUCUGGUUCAGAAUUUGAUGACAUUCUUGUUGGCCAAGGAGCUGCAAGAGUUCGCAAUCUCUUCAGGAGGGCAAAAACCUGUGCUCCAUGUAUAAUAUUUAUUGAUGAAAUAGACUCCAUUGGAGCAAAACGUACAAGCUCAGACUUCCAUCCUUAUGCAAACCAAACAAUUAACCAGUUAUUAUCUGAAAUGGAUGGAUUUGAUCAGAAUGGGGGAGUGAUUGUUCUUGGAGCUACAAACAGGAGGGAUUGUUUAGAUAAAGCUCUUAUCCGUCCAGGAAGGUUUGAUGUUGAAGUAACAGUACCUGUGCCUGAUUAUGUGGGACGUAAGGAAAUCCUUGGCUUAUACUUGGGCCGUAUACUUAGCAGGGAUGUUGAUGUUGAAAUGUUAGCACGGUGUACUACUGGUUUCACAGGAGCAGACCUCGAAAGUAUGGUGAACCAAGCAGCAAUUAGAGCUGCUAUUGAUGGUGAUGAUUCUGUUUCUAUGAAGCACCUUGAAGAUGAAAGGGACAAAGUUCUUAUGGGUCCUGAAAGAAAAUCGAGAAUACCUGAUGAGGAAACAAAUACAAUAACAGCUUAUCAUGAAGGUGGUCAUGCAAUUGUUGCUUUUUAUACAAAAGAUUCACAUCCACUGCAUAAAGUGACUAUUAUUCAACGUGGUUCAUCUCUUGGCCAUACUGCAUACAUGCCAGAAAAAGAGAGAUACUAUGUUACAAAGUCACAGUUUAUGGCUGUGUUGGAUAUGCUGAUGGGUGGUCGAGCAGCUGAAGAGCUCAUCUUUGGUCCUGAUAAAAUAACUUCAGGAGCCUCAAGUGAUUUAAAGCAAGCAACUUCUAUCGCAACCUCUAUGGUUAAAGAAUGGGGAAUGUCUACAACUGUUGGCCUCCGGACAUAUGAUAACCAUGACAAAUCAUGGGUUAAUGAACUUAGCCCAGGCACAGCAGAACUGGUUGACAGUGAAAUUAAAAGGCUAUUGAUGGAAUCAUAUGAACGUGCAAAGAGCAUUCUCAAAGCUCAUCACAGUGAGCACAAAUUACUGGCAGAAGCUCUGCUGAAGUAUGAGACACUUAAUGCUGAAGAUAUUAAAGAAAUAAUAAAGAGCAAAGAUAGAGCAAGCACAAGUCGGUCUGUAUGA